AUGUACGGAGACGUGUUCAACGCCACCGGCGGCCCGGAGGCGGCGGCAGGCGGCGCGCUGGCCCCGGGAGCCACGGUCAAGGCAGAGGGCGCUUUGCCCCUGGAGCUGGCCACUGCGCGGGGCAUACGGGACAGCUCGACCACCAAGCCCGACCUGCCUACCUACCUGCUGCUCUUCUUCCUCCUGCUGCUUUCGGUGGCGCUCGUCGUCCUCUUCAUCGGCUGCCAGCUACGCCACUCGGCCUUCGCCGCGCUGCCCCACGACCGCUCUCUGCGCGAUGCCCGCGCGCCCUGGAAAACGCGGCCCGUGUAAGCGCUGGGUACGGCGGGGCGCUUGGUCCCGGCCUCUUCCCCGGAAACUCCCACACAGCUGGAGUCUCUGGCCGCUAGGGACACUUUGUCUUGACCUAAAGACUCUUCCAUCUAGAGAGGAAAGAAGGAUCCAGAUUGCCUAAGGUUUUGAUCCCAAUGUCUGGACGCUCGUCCCAGGCCAUCUUUCUGCCCCAAUACAGCGGGUUCUGCCAGGGAGCCAUUCUGUAAAACAGGCGCCCACCUGGGUGCAGGAGCCUCGCCUGCCCAGCUGAUUUCCUUACUUUGCAAGCAAACGGGGCAGCAGGCACCAGGAGCGCGCACCUAGCUAGGAGCUGAAUGUCUCCGGGACUGGCUGUCUCGGGCUGCUACCACCAUUUCAGGAUUCAAGCACGAACUCAAACGGACUUUGGAGUGAUGGUUUCUAGACACCGAGUCCCCACAGGGAAAUGACAGGACUCGGGGUUUCAAAGUGUUUUGCUGGGGGGAUCCAUAUUCCCUCUGCAAACAGGGGCUCAGGGGUGCCGGUGGAGGGGGAUGUGGUCUCCGCGGUGGGGAAUCUGCAUCUCAUAUCUCCAGGGACCACAUUUCGACAAUCAAAACUCACCGAACUAGAUGCAGCGCUGGGAACACUGAUCUCUGGUUGUGCCGCCGCUUUGGAUACUCCAAUGCCAUCCCCAGCAAGAAGAGACCAGGACCCACUUCCCUGCGCUGGCCCAGGACAGUGUUGGACUAUCGGAGCAACAGUGGGCUCUUCCUCACGUUGGAUCCAGCCUCGGUACUCUCCCCUGGGCAGCAGGGGAGGGACAAGUGCAUAUCCUCUUCUACUAGACAAGUGAGUGGACGACAACGUGAUGACAACAGUAUUGUGGACUGGACGAGUGUAUAUGUGCUCCCCACGUCAUAAGUUGAAGCCCUAACUCCCAGAAUGGCUAUAUUUUGAGUAAGGAAUUAAGGUGCCAUGAUACCCUAAGAGUGAAGCCUUGAUCUAUUCCCUCCCCCGAAGCUGAGUAAACAAAAGCUAUGAGGACAUACUAAGACGUGGGCCAUCUACAAACCCUCACCAGGAAUGGAAUCGGCCAGAGCCUUGAUCUUGGACUUCCAGUUUCCAGGACUGUGAGAAAAUAAAAUUUCUGUUGUGCAAUCUACCCAA